UCGUGUCAGUCGGUGAAAAGUCGCUGUCGCUCGUCCAGCCAAUCAAAGAUUCCGACGACACAAAAGAGCGUGUAUAAAAAGCCGCGCGCUAAUAAACCAUGAUGCCUGUUUGCGCGACGCGUUCAUCCAAAACACCGGAUCUUUUCCCCAACGCCGAACCUGAACCUGCAGUGACGAUGCGUCUGAGUCAGAGCGCGUGUCUGUACGUGAGCUUGCUGACGGUUUUGGGCUCAGUGGUUCUGAGCGGCCAGGAGACGAACCAGCAACCGCAGCCGCAGCAGCAGCAGCAGAUCUCACCAAGCAGCCCGGAGGAACCGGAGCAGUGCGAGGUCCGGCAGCACAUUCGGACCAUGAGGCUGAACGCCAUCAAGUCCCAGAUUCUGAGCAAACUGCGCAUGAAAGAGGCUCCGAACAUCAGCCGGGACACGGUGAAGCAGCUGCUGCCCAGGGCGCCUCCGCUGCAGCAGCUGCUGGACCAGUACGACGUGCUGGCAGACGACAACAGGGACGUGGUGAUGGAGGAAGACGACGAGCACGCAGUCGUGGAGACCAUCAUGAUGAUGGCCACCGAGCCCGAGCAGGAGGUCCAAGUUGGCGGGUCACCGAGGUGCUGCUUCUUCUCCUUCGCCCAGAAGAUUCAGGCCAACCGGGUCCUGCGAGCUCAGCUGUGGGUGCACCUGCGCCCGGCGUCUGAGCCCACGACAGUGUUCCUGCAAAUCUCCCGUCUGAUGCCGGCCACGGACGGAAAGAGGCACAUACGGAUCCGCUCUCUGAAGAUAGACGUGAACGCCGGCGUCAGCUCCUGGCAGAGCAUAGACGUCAAGCAAGUGCUGACCGUUUGGCUGCGGCAGCCAGAGACCAACUGGGGCAUCGAAAUUAACGCCUUCGACACCCGAGGGAACGACUUGGCUGUGACAUCCACUGAGCCCGGAGAGGAAGGACUGCAACCGUUCAUGGAGGUGAAGAUAUCAGAGGGUCCAAAGCGAGCCAGGAGGGACUCUGGUCUGGACUGUGACAAGAACUCUCCAGAGUCCCGAUGUUGCCGGUACCCACUCACAGUGGACUUCGAGGACUUUGGCUGGGACUGGAUUAUCGCGCCCAAACGCUACAAGGCCAACUACUGUUCCGGGGAGUGCGAGUACAUGCACCUACAGAAAUACCCGCACACACACCUGGUCAACAAGGCCAACCCGCGGGGGACCGCUGGACCCUGCUGCACCCCCACCAAGAUGUCUCCCAUCAACAUGCUGUACUUCAACCGCAAGGAGCAGAUCAUCUACGGCAAGAUUCCGUCCAUGGUGGUCGACCGCUGCGGGUGUUUUUGAGUCGGGUCGGUGUCGGGUGUUUAUCUUUGGUGACAAAAUGUCCACCAGUUCCGGCUCUCUUUCAGCAGAACGUGGUGCAGCAGAACCCAAGUAGAGGUCAGCCUGAGCCCGCUGCAGCAGGACGGCGCUUUCACAACCACGACAGCUUCCUUUGUUUCAUCCAGUGAACUCCUCACCAGGGACUCACACACGCGCACGCACACACACUGACACAUGGACUUGAAUGUAAUGAUGUAACCAAAAACACAACAGUCAAAUGACAUUUUGGUUCUGAAGUUGUGAUCAGUAUUUUGGGGUCAAAACAUUGCCUUUCACACACAUUCAUCGACUGGCCUGGCACUUCCUCUGUAUCCUUCUGGACUUUCAUGCAGACUUGAAACAAGGGCACGACGAAUGCAGCCGACGAAUGAGAAAAAUAAAAGUGUUUAGACGCAACGGAGAUUGUGGAUUGCUGAGAUCGUACUCUGUACUACAGUUUGCACUAUGGCGCACCAACAGGGAGGAUUGGUGGCUACGAAAGUUGUAAAAACUGAUUUUGAUAUUUCUAUUGUAUACAUACAGUAUGCUAUUGUUUCCAGUAGGAGUUGCUCUCAUUUACAAAACAAAACACUUUUGCUCAAUGUAUAAAAACCCACAAUGUAGCAGGAUGUAACAGCAACUCUGUGUAUGUGUGUAAACAAAUAAAGUUUAU